AUGGUCGACGUCGUCCUCGGCAUGACUCGGAGGCGGCGGCAUUGGGAUGCGAGUGCCACAGCUGGUCUGAGGCUGCGCCCCGUGGCGGCGAACGGCUCCGAGGUCUCGGCCCUCACAGCGUCUCAGCUGCGCCCUAUGACCGGCGCUGUCGGAUGUUGGGUGACCCCUGAAUGCAGUGCAUUUUCUUCAUCAUCGCGGCGGUGA